CCUGCAGGAACGGUCACACUUUUUAGCGAGUGAGCGAGCCAGCAAUAAGCAAACGAUUUUUGCGCAAAAACGGAGUUUAUCAAUAAAUCGUUGCGUGCGAUUACAUUGGCUGUAGAAAACGCGUUUGUCUCCGCACAGAACCCACAAAUCCGCGGCUUUUACAUCCCAAAAAUUCGCGUUUCCGUGCCGCAAAAAGAAAAAGAACGUAAGCAACGAUAACAACAGGCAGCGAGCGAGUGAGAGAGAGAGGGAGAGUGAGCAGUGCGGAGUGUUGUGUGUGUGCGUGCUGCCAACUUGUCGCACCAAUUCGCUGCUGAGUAGUGUGUGUGUGGUUCUCCCAAAAAAAAAAAACUUGAAACCUUUGCACAAUGCUAUAGCAAUCCUAUCUGGAGUUUUAGGGCUACAGCACCGAUUUUCUGUUUAGCUAUAUAUAUAUAUAUUUCUGGCUAUAGCGACUUUUCAACAAGUUGCCAGCGCAGCGUGCAACGCGCGCACACACACAAACACACACACACGCGCGCGCUAAAACACACGCAAGAGAGAGCGAGAGCGAGCAACAACAACAACAAAAGCCUCUCAGUAGCAACGUUUUUAGUGAUGUCAUCAGAAAAAACGUCUUCAAGCUGGCCAAAUUGAAGCGGAAACGGUAGCCAAACUGAAGCACUUGUCGGAGAGCGUCUCGGUGCUGCUGAAGAUCGCCAGGAUCGCCAACAUGGACAACAGCAUCGUCGAGGAGAACGGCAACUCGUCGGCGGCAUCGGGCUCCAAUGACGUGGUCGACGUCGUUGCCCAACAAGCGGCAGCGGGCGGAGGAGGAGUUGGUGUAGGAGUAGGAGGAGGUGGUAACCCCCAGCAGCAGCAGCAGCAGCAGCAGCAAAACCCACAGAGUACAACCGCCGGCGGUCCAACGGGGGCGACGAACAAUGCCCAGGCAGGAGUCGGCGGAGGAGGAGGAGCGGCCACCGUGCUGACCACCGCCGCCAACUGCAACCUUCAAUACCCCAUCCAGACGCUGGCGCAGCACGGACUGCAGGUGCAAUCCGUGAUACAGGCCAAUCCCUCGGGGGUCAUACAGACAGCAGCUGGAACCCAGCAGCAGCAACAGCAACAGGCGCUGGCCGCCGCCACAGCGAUGCACAAGGUCGUCUACGUGGCCAAGCCGCCCAACUCGACGGUUAUCCACACGACACCCGGCAAUGCAGUGCAAAUCCCUCCAACCUUUCCGUGUAAGAUCAAACCCGAACCUACCACGCAGCAUCCGGAGGACAGCGACGAGAGUCUAUCGGACGACGAUUCCCAGCACCACCGCAGCGAACUGACGCGACGGCCGUCGUACAAUAAGAUCUUCACCGAGAUCAGCGGACCCGACAUAAGCGGCGCAUCGCUUCCCUUGUCCGACGGCGUGCUCAAUUCCCAGCUGGCGGGGAGCGGAGCGGGGGGCAAUGCGGCGAACAACUCCCUGAUGCAGUUGGAUCCCACGUACUACCUGACCAAUCGGAUGUCCUACAACACCAACAACAGCGGGAUAGCGGAGGAUCAGACCCGUAAACGCGAAAUCCGGCUGCAGAAGAACAGAGAGGCGGCGCGGGAGUGCCGGCGCAAGAAAAAGGAGUACAUCAAGUGCCUGGAGAAUCGAGUGGCGGUGCUAGAGAACCAAAACAAAGCGCUAAUCGAGGAGCUCAAGUCGCUCAAGGAGCUCUAUUGUCAAACCAAGAACGAUUGAAUGUGGGCGGGGCUCUGGCGCCGCCUGCGCCUCCGCCUCCAGUUACGGUUACGGUUACGGCUGCGCUGCGGUUCCGUUCUGCAUCUGGAACUGGACAACGCCCGACAGCAGCGAUGGAUCGAUCCUCCCCGUUGGCCGGCCGCAU